AUGCGGGGCCGUGUAAUAGCCCUAUGGUUACUACUUGGAGUAUUAUGCGCCGGUGGUAUAACUGCCAUACUGGCCUUCACCCUUAACAGAAAUCCAGGAUCUUCCUCAAUUGAUUAUGACGCAGAUUUCUGUCAGCCGCUCAUUAUCGCUCACCGUGGAGCCAGUGGCUACGUACCAGAACAUACUCUCGGCGCUUACGCUCUUGCUGUUGCAAUGGGCUCUGAAUACAUAGAACCGGAUGUCGUUAUGACAAAAGAUGGGCAUCUAAUAGCGAGACAUGACAAUGAACUAGGAUUGACUACUGAUGUCGCAGAGCAUCCACAAUUUGCUACUAGAUAUCGGACGCAGUACGUCGACGGGACGUUAGUUAGAGGUUGGUUUACAGAAGACUUCACUCUUGCUGAAAUCAAAAUGUUGCGUGCUAUAGAACGUAUACCAGAAAUACGCCCGGGUAACGUUAGAAUGGACGGCAGCUUUGAAAUCCCCACCAUGCAAGAAAUUAUUGAUCUAGCAAAAGGCAUGGAAAUAAGUUACGGACGACGUAUUGGUAUCUACCCAGAAAUCAAACAUUCUACCCACUUUCAACAUCUGGAUCUCGCUAUGGAAAAACCAUUAGUAGAUCUACUUCACGAAAACGGAUACACGGGACCUGAAGCUCCCAUUUAUAUUCAAUCGUUCGAAGUCAGUAAUCUAAAAGAAUUGAGUCAGAUUACUGGUAUCAGGUUAAUACAACUGCUUGGAGGAAGAAAAACAGCCCAGCCAUAUGAUCAGGUACAACUUGGUUCUGAUCUUACAUAUGGCGAUAUGGCUACUCCUGAGGGCCUACGUGACAUCGCAAGGUACGCUUAUGCAGUUGGACCUGAAAAAUCAUAUAUCAUACCUCGUGACGAAAAUAACAGGCUAGGUCAACCAACAAGUUUUGUUCGUGAUGCCCACGCAGUCAAUUUAAAAGUGCACCCAUACACGUUUCGUGCCGAAAAUCUCUAUCUGCCCGCAGAACUACAAAGCGAUGAUCCUUCGCCAUCAGCAAUCGGGAAUUUCAGAGGUGAACUCAAAGCAUUUCUGAGUACAGGAAUAGACGGCAUGUUUUCUGAUCAACCUGAUAUCUCUGUUCAAGUUAGAGGGCCCUGCGAGUGAUUUUCAUUUUCUUUCCGAGGACGCCUACGUGAAAAAUAAUGUACAUAUAUGACAUUACCACACGUGAAGUAAUUAA